AAAAAAGAAAGGGAAAAAUCCCGUCCUCUCCACUCCGCCGCAGCAGCCGCCGCCGCCGCCGGUCAGCAACCCCUAUCUAGCCGCCCGACGGCGAGUUGACGAGGGGCGAAUUCGUUACGCACGAAGCCCCGGCCGCCGCCCGAGCCCUAUACACGCGCCUCCCCCAAAAGUCCACGCGACCUACGCUGCGGUAUACUCCCUGUGCCGCCGCCGCCGCUUGGAGGAUCCGAGAUGGAGUCAGUGCCACUAACUGCUGAAGCUAUUGCUUUUACUGAGAAAAAGAUGGACAUGACUUUAGAUGACAUUAUUAAGAUGUCAAAGAAAAAGAAUCCUGGAGGCAAGAAACCCACUAGACAACCUAUCAAGAAGCGUCCGUUCCAGGAUGGUAAUUCUAAUCAAGGGAAUGCAAAAGUUCAGCGGUUUAUGGAAUCUAGAUCGACUAUAAGACAAGGUGUUCUUGCACAAAGGAGGACAAAUCUUGGUGGAAAUCAGUUCCCAGCUACAAAGCAGGCUGCAAAGAAGGCUGCUACAAUGCCAAUACGCAGCAGGGGUGUCAAAUGGAACAAGCCAAGUGCCCCACCUAAGUCAGUUCAGAGGAGGCCUGUAGGAGAGGCUUUUCAGAAUGGGAAGGGCAAGGAGGUGCAGAACCAGGCGCCGAAGACAAUGGAUGCGCUCUUUGCACAAAUGAAGCAGCAGAGGAUGAGGACCAUGCCGCAGCAACAGACAAACGCUGUCCCUGGACGCCAGUUUACCCAGCAGCGGCGUAAUCAACAGCAGCGGCGAGGAAGAGGAUAUGGGGGCCGCACUGGCGGUAACCAAUGAGUUCAAACCACAUCCAAUGUGCUUCUUGGGAGCAUUUUCAAUUCGCUGGUUUCUUGGGUGGGAGAACCCCUGAAUGCUAACUGCACUUCUUUGUUCUCUUAUCUCUGUUAAGAGAAUCGUGAACAUAAGCUUACUGAAGUUUGUACGCAGUUUUCAAGUUUCAUAUUUCUACUUCAGCUUGUAUAAUGUCUGAUGGAAUGGAAUGUAUGGAAAUUUGCUUUUGUGUUAUUAGUUGGGAUAUUUGUAGACAGCUAUAGGUUUAUGGAUUAUGGUGCCAUUGAAUUUCAGUGAGUUCAGCUUUUA